AUGAAUGGCAAGAUAGAUACGUAUAGAGCCGCCGUGGUGACGGAGAUUGGCACGCCCCCAAAGAUCGAGAUAAAAACGCUGCCCAAGCCAGCGCCGGGACCCAACGAUGUCCUCGUCCGGCUGAACCUCACCUCCCUCUGCGGCACGGACUGCACGCAGGCCGCGGGCCACCUGGGGCCCACGAAAUCCGUCCUGGGCCACGAGGGCAUCGGCCGCGUCGAGCUCCUGGGGAGCAACGUGUCCUCGCACGACCCCUCGAUCCAGGUGGGCCAGCGCGUGGGCGUCGCGUGGACGCGGGACUUCUGCGGCAGCUGCGCAUUCUGCACCAACCUCGCGCAGGACGGCGAGACGCGGUGCGCGACGAAGCCGCACUCCGGAGCCGCCGUCGAGGGCACGUUUGCGCAGUACACGCUCGUCCCCGCGCGGUACCUCCUGAGGAUCCCUGACGAGCAGUUUGGCGAUGUGGCGGACGAGAUUGUCGCGCCGGUGCUCUGUGGUGGCGUCACGGCAUACAAGGCCAUCAAGUCUAUCCCUGAUUUGACCCCGGGCCAGUGGAUCGUGGUGAGCGGCGGCGGAGGCGGCGUUGGGGCGUUCGCGGUGUCGUUCGGCAAGGCGAUGGGGUACCGGGUCAUUGCGACUGAUGCGGGUGCUGGGAAGGGGAGCUAUGCUAUCGAGGAGGGUGCGGAGCACUACAUCGAUAUCACUUCACCAGAGGUCUCGGCUGCCGGUGUGGGCGAAGCUGUAAAAAGUCUGACCGGGGGCUUGGGAGCAAGCGCGGUGAUUGUGUGCGCAGGUGCACCCGCGGCAUAUCAGUCCGCGCCGGAUAUGCUGGCACCAUUUGGCACGCUGAUGUGUGUUGGAAUACCCCCUCCCGGAGGCGUCUUUUCUGUGCAUCCCUUGACGUUCAUCGCGUCCGGGUGGAGGGUUAUGGGCUCUGCGGUUGGCACUAGACGAGACACGCUGGAGGCGUUGGAGUUCAUCAAGAGGGGGCUGGUCAAGCCAAAGGUCCAGUGGGCCGAGCUGGAACGGCUAUCUGAGCUUAUGGAUGACGUUAGCAAGGGCAAGGUCCAAGGGAAAUAUGUAAUAAACUUGGACAAGGCUUAA